AUGUUUGCAUCUGUGGUUCUACUCUUGGCUGUGGCCCUUCUGCUCGUCCUGGUCCUCUUUCCGACCAGCAGGGCCAAAAAUUUCCCCCCAGGCCCACAACCCAUCCCCAUCUUUGGAAACCUGCUGGAGCUGAAUCUGGAGAACCCCCUGGCAGAUCUGGAGAGGCUGGCCAAACGCUAUGGAAACGUCUACAGCAUUUUCAUUGGUCCCAGGCCAGCAGUCGUUAUCAAUGGGCUGCAGGCCUUGAAAGAAGCCCUGGUCAACAAAGCUGCUGACUUCUCUGGCAGACCACAAGACCAAAUGGUCAAUCAUGCUGUGCAAGUGAAAGCUGAUGCUCCUGGAGUGAUUCUAGCAGGUUAUAACCCUGCCUGGAGAGAGCAGCGACGCUUUGGUCUGAUGACCCUCAGAAACUUUGGUCUGGGGAAACAUUCCAUGGAGGAGAGGAUCCUGGGAGAGACAGAACGCAUCUUAAAAAUACUUGAGCAGAGUGUUGGUAAGCCCAUGAGCCCCCAGCUGAUGUUCCACAACGCAGCCUCCAACAUCAUCUGCCAAGUUCUGUUUGCGAAGCAGUUUGACUACGACGAUGAGUUCAUGAAGUUUUUUGUCAGUCUUUUUCAUGAGACAUCCAAAAUAAUCAAUGGGCGCUGGGGUUUGAUUUAUGACUCGAUACCGAUGGUGCGCAGCCUGCCUCUGCCCUUCCAGAAAGCAUUUAAGAUGUUCAAGAUUUCCCAUGAAAGACGUAUGGAGAUGUUGGCUGAGAACAAAAAGUCCAGGGUUCCUGGUAAGCCGCGGCAUUUCAUAGACAGCUACCUGGAUGAAAUGGAAAAGAGAGGAGAUGAUGGCUCGUCAUUUUCUGAAGACCAGCUUUGUGCGUUUCUUUUGGAUCUUCACUUCGCUGGGACUGACACGACCGCCAACACCCUGCUCGCUGCCUUCCUCUACCUGAUGAAUUACCCACAUGUACAGGAGCGUUGUCAGCAGGAAAUAGACAAGGUUCUGGACGGGAGGGAUCAAGUCAGUUUUGAAGACAGACACAUGAUGCCCUAUGUGCAGGCUGUCAUCCAUGAGAGCCAGAGGAUGGCGAACACAGUCCCUCUCAGUGUUUUUCACAGCACCACUCAAGACACUGAGUUAAUGGGAUACUCCAUUCCCAGGGGAACCACUAUCAUCCCCAAUCUGACCUCAGUGUUAUAUGAGGAGGGACAGUGGAAAUCUGCCCAUGAAUUCAACCCUGAAAAUUUCCUCGAUGAGAAGGGAGAGUUUGUGAAGCCAGAGGCCUUCAUGCCUUUCUCUACAGGCCCUCGUAUGUGCCUCGGAGAGGGUCUGGCUCGUAUGGAGCUCUUCCUCAUCCUGGUGACUCUGCUGAGGAGGUUCAAGUUCAUCUGGCCUGAGGAUGCAGGAGAGCCCGACUUCACUCCUGUUUAUGGGACGACCCAGACCCCGAAACCUUAUUCCAUGAAGGUCCAACUCAGAUAAACUACUCAGAAAAACUACUGAGACAGAGAUUCCCCAAAGACUGUAAUAAGCUGCAUGGAAACAUCGAGCAAAAUUUAACCUUUCGAUAUAAAACCUGCUUUGGUUAAACGUGCACUAAUCAUUAAAGUAUAUGAACAUGUGAUCAAAUUGACUUUGUUUAUGUGGAUGUCUCACUGGCAGUGAGGAGCACCACCUCUGAUGUUUGAUAUAGCUUUAUUGUGUCUUUCAGCUUGUUGUUUUGGUUUUACAGUCCACAACUUUCCUGUUUGGUUCACUCUCACAGCUCUCAUCACUCCAGUUUACCUGUCCAGCACCAGAGAGAACACAGCCAAAGUUAGCAACUAGCAGGUACACACAGUUAUCCAUUCUGCUAAUAAAGAUAUAUUUUCCUCAGGGGUUGGUAGAGAAUAAAAAAAGAGCUAAAAGAUGAGUGAAUAUUGGAAUUUACGUAUGACUCAAAAAGAGAGCUAAUGCUGCUAAGUAGCUGCUUGAGGUUUAGGUAAGCAACAUCACAUCAUCAUUACCUUUAUUGAGACAGGGAAGGCCACUGAGAGCAAGCACUCUUGCAACAAUGGCAACAACUUUCUAUCAAAAAAGGUUUAUUGGAUUUUAAAUAGAUAAAAACAUUAUGUCUAUUUAAACAGAUUUAAAGUGAGCGGUCAAGCAACAGGUUUGCAGUAUCAACUUAAAGGGUAACGAUAUGCCAACGCUGUAAUUACAGUUUGUUUCUGCUGCCCCCAAGUGUCAAAAACUGAAUGAGUGCAGCUUUGAACAUCACAGGGGACACAGAAUCAUUUAUAUGCACAGUAAAUGCAAUGAUGCUAUAACAGUUUGAAUUAUACAUGACAGAUUAUUUCUUAUCAUAUGAAACUAUAGACUUUGACCAACUUUUAUGAUUAUCAUUAACAUUACACAAUGUUCCCUCUGUUGUCAGUCAAAAAAAUGAUGUGACUUUUUUGUCAAAUAAAUACACUGUGAAACAUUAAAUGACUGCUAACUGUGUCACCUGCUCAACAAUGAGUAGCUGAAAAAAGAUGCCCCUGUUCACCCUCUGGGGAGCUUCAAUGUGUCGAGUAGAUGCAAUGGAACUCAG